CCGGCGUGAGUGCGCAUCUCCAACACUUCAUGACACCUGCUGCCGCCUUUGCGCCAUGGACGAUGGCGAGGCAGACGAGGUGUGCCGCGAAGGCGACGGCUACGAUGCUACAGCUACCACAGGAGCCGUGGUCCUGCAGUAUCCGCUGCUGUGCGGCAGACAGCUGUCGCCCUGGCAGGCAAAGGUGAAUGUGACGGCCAACUUGCUGGGUGUUGCCACAUUGGCAUUGCCCUGGGCCUUUGCUGAAGCAGGUUUGCUGGGAGCAGUCGUCCUGGCCGUGGUGGCAAAGACCUCCCACAGGACCUGGCAGAUGCUCCUGGAGCUCAGUGCUUUCGACGGUCAGCUGGUGGGUCGGGCGUCUUAUCCCGAGAUCGGGCGACGCGUGCUCGGCGUGGAGGGCCACUUGGCCGUCCUUGUGGCCUUGGUCUUCUUUGCCGCAGGGCUGCUCUCCUGCCAUUUGGCCGCGAUCGCAGACAUCCUGUUGAUCUUUGCAGAGCAUCGACAAGUGAUGAUCAGCCGGCGGAGCUCUCUGAUGAUGGCCUUGGCCGUUUCAGCGCCUGGAGUCUGCUGGCCGCCGCCGCAGCACUUGGCUUGGGCGGUGCUGUGUCUGGGCCUCGCGGCCACCCUCACAACAUCGCUGAUCGCGGUCUCUGCUAUUGUACCUGGCCUUACAGAGGUACCCGCUUUAGCUGCCGUGAGCUUGUGGCCCAAGUCGCUUCGAGGCCUGCUGAAUUGCUUUGCGGUGAUGCUGGCCCAAUUCUCGGCCCAAAGUGGCUUCGAGGCGACAGCCGCCUCUGACGAUGCGGAGGAACUUGGAGGGAGAGGCCCAGCCAAUAGUGGCAACGCCUUUGCGAUAGCGGCGGGCUUGAGCAGCGCCUUGGCGCUGGGCGGGUAUUUGCAUUUCGGCGAAAACGUGCACAGCAACGUUUUGCUGAGCUGGGCGGCGGUGCCGUCCAAGACGUGGCUGCAAGUUGUGCAGCUGGCCUACCUUGUCCCGCUGGCAGCAGGUGCCGCGCUGGCGUCCAAGCCUUGCGUGGUGUGUAUCCAGGAGAUCUUUGCCAGUCGCAGGGGUUCAGGCGCCGGUCACAGUGAGCGCCUGGCGUUGCUGGUGCUCAUGUGCUGCGGAGUGCUGACCUGGGCGCUGCAGGAUCUGGGCCACGCUCUUCGUUUCCUCGGAGCAUUCGGUGCUUCGCCCCUGGUGCUCAUGUUGCCCCCGCUCUUCUAUGUUGAAAUGGCCCGCCGGCAGUCCGGCCGCACCAUGCUCUGCGCCGAGAAUGGGCUUGCACUCAUGCCCGCCGUCUUGGGUAUUUUGCUCACGGUGCUUUGCUUCUUCGACGUCCUUCAGUCAUCGAUGAG